AUGUCAGUCGCAAACGCUGGCAUUGCCGCCGCGGCAACCUCAGCUCUGGCCGAAGACCCGUUUAAGGACGAUAAGCUCGAUAACCCCACCGGCCUCGAGGAUGAAGACCAUCCUGUAGCCCCCGAUCAGUUCAUCACCAAGUAUCAGACAUCCAGGUGGGAGCGCUGGGCAUACUAUUCCUAUUAUGUCGGCAACAAUGGCUUGACUCUCUUCAACUUUGGCCCAACCUUGUUUCAGGACUUGCUGUACGAAGCUGCCGGAGAAAGUGAACGCUUGGUGUUUCUGGGCGCCAAUCGAACCAUCAACAGCAUAGUUCUUCUCGCCAAUGGCAUCUCUUUCGCAAUCCAGGUGGUAUUGUUCCUCAUUCUAGGAAGUAUGGCUGACUACGGCACCUGGAGGCCCUGGAUCCUGAUAUUCUGGUCCAUUGUUGCAUUCGCUCUCGGGUUUGGCUGGCUCGGUGUACACACAGAGGAAAAAUGGCCCAUUGCCACAGGUUUGUAUAUGGUGGGUUUGAUCGCCUACCAGAUGUGUGUCACAUUCUGGACUGCAGCAUUCCCAGGCUUAGCAAGAAAUACUCCCGAGAUGCGUGAACAGGCCCAGAAGUUUGAAAACCGAGAGAUUACUCGUGACGACUAUGAUUUCGCCGACAUGAUGCAGCGCAACCGCAUUUACAAUGUGGCCUUUAUCUGGCAAUCCGCUGGAGAGAUUGUCAUUCUGGCAAUCCUGGUUGGAAUCCUAUUCGCCUUGGAUGUGAACGCGAGCGCUGCCAACAAUCUAUGGGGUUUAAGUGUGCUGAUUGCCUAUGCGACUGGGGUUUGGAUUCUCCUCGCAAUUCCAUGGUUCAUUCUUGAGAAGCGUCGACCAGGCCAACAACUCCCAGUGGGUAUGAACAUUGUCAGCGUUGGAUUUUGGAAUAUCUAUCGCGCAAUCGUUCAGAUUUGGGAGUUGAAGCAAACUCUUCUUUAUCUCAUUGGCUACUUCUUACUCGGAGACUCCUUGAACACGACCGUGACCGUCAUCGCGACUCUACAGAAUACGGUAGUGUCUUACAAUACCUUAAAGUUGACAUAUCUCCUCAUUGUCGGAAUCGCAGCGCAGCUGAUCGGCAUUUAUGGGUUUUGGAUAGUCCAGAAAAAGUUUGGACUUAGCACCAAAGUCAUGUUUGAUGUAGUCAUGAUUGGUAUCCUCUUGCUCGAUGGUUGGGGUAUGGUAGGUAUUUGGACCCAGAAAUUUGGCUUCCAUAACGAAUGGGAGUUCUGGCUGUACCAAGUGGUGUACGGUCUCGUGGUCUGUCCGUGGUAUGCAUACAGCCAAACGAUGAUUAGCGAAGUCACGCCCAGAGGAAAAGAGUUCCUAUUCUUCGCUUUAUUCAGUAUCAUGGGCAAGACUAGCGCAUUCAUUGGGCCCAUCGUGAGCAGCGCAAUCAUUACGGCCUCGCCCAAUGGGAACAACAGCCUUCCCUUCUACUUUUUGUUUGGAUUGAGUCUGCUCAGUUUUUGUCUCCUUUGCUUCUUCGUGGACCUGAAGAAGAGUAGAGCUGAGCAGGAGAUAUUCUUGGCAAAGGAAAAGGCGGCGAAAGAGCGAAGAGCAAGCGUGAUCAGCGGUACCGAAGUAUAUUGA